AAAAGUUGCUUGAAAACGAUAAAUCUGAUAUUCACUUGCUUGAUUUUCAUGCUGAAGCCACCGCCGAAAAGGCAGUAUUGGCUCAUUACUUAGACGAUAAAUUUCCGGGAAAAAUCACUGCCUUAUGA